GGCCUCAGGACCACAGCCCAUUAUCUAAUCGGCACUGCCAGGUUCGAGUGGGGGCGGGGUGACACAGCACGCGAAAAAGUCGUCAUACCCUCCAAAGGGACGGAACCACCAUACACAUUUCUAGACGUUGAUUAAACACCAUACCCUAUCAUUUACAACCACCUCCUAAGAGCCUGUGCCUCUUCUAUCGACCACCAUGUCGCGCAUGAUCAACCAGCCCUCGAAUCAGAUCAAGCUGACCAACGUGUCCUUGGUACGGCUCAAGAAGGGCAAGAAGCGCUUCGAGAUCGCUUGCUACAAGAACAAGGUCCUUGAGUGGCGAUCCGGCAUUGAGAAGGAUCUUGAUGAGGUGCUUCAGAUCCCCAACGUCUUCCUCAACGUGUCCAAGGGUCAAACUGCGCCGACGGCAGACCUUGAGAAGGCGUUUGGCAAGAAGACCACGACCGACGAGAUCAUCCUCGAGAUUCUCAACAAGGGAGAGCUGCAAGUCGGCGAGAAGGAACGAGCAGCGCAAAUGGACAGGGUACACAACGAGGUCAUCAGCAUAGUGGCCAGCAAACUGGUCGACCCUCGGACGAAGCGGGUAUACACGACAGGCAUGAUUGAAAAGGCGCUAGACAUGCUCAGCCAACAGGCGCACCAACAACAGCAACAAUCGUCACAAGGAGGGAACUCCGCAACGGGUAGCGGCACAGCGACGCCGGCGACCGGCGACGACGGCGAGGCCAAGCCAAUACCUUCCUCGAAGCUUCGCGAGCACACAUGGACAGGUGUGGUGACAACCAAGUCCGCCAAGUCGCAAGCGCUGGACGCCAUGAAGGCACUCAUCGCGCACCAACCGAUCCCUGUAACCCGCGCGCGGAUGCGGCUGCGCGUGACAUGCACGACGAGCGCGCUGAAGCAGGCCGUCAAAGGCGACGCGGCCAAGUCGUCCACUGAUGCCGCCGAGGACGGAGGGGCCGAGCAGAAGGCCCCGGGUACCGUCAAGGACAAGAUCCUCAGCUAUAUUGAGCAGAUCGAGAAUCAGGACAUGGUGGGCAGCGAGUGGGAGGUUGUCGGAUUCGUCGAGCCGGGAGCAUUCAAGGGGCUUUCUGACUUUGUGGGCACGCAUACAAAAGGACAGGGCAGAGUCGAAGUGCUGGAUAUGGCUGUUACUCAUGAGGAUUAAAGUGCGCAAAAGAAAGGUCCGGAGGAGGACAUUGAGUAGGCGUCCGGGAGCGGGACAAGAAUAAAAUGGUUGAUGAAGAUACCCUUUUCGGUGUUUCUAUUUUUACUAAGACAUAGCAUGCCCUCAUAGUUUCAUAUAUUGCCAACCGAAAGAAUUACAGAAUUGAUCACACGUGACAAAAGUCUACACUCGCUGGUCUGUGGCCACAAACAACAUGUAUCCGCGUGACUAAGAAAGGCCAAAGCCUGCAAGUGUUGCUGAGCAACGCCCACCAAGUCUGCGUCUCAAUUGAUCUA